GACUUCAACGGUCCAGCGCAUGCGCAGUCGCUAACAUCCGGGGCUCGGACAAGGAUGAACGCCAAUUUCCAAGAUGGCGGCGGAGGGAGGAGGGAAGGAGAUGAACGAAAUUAAAACUCAAUUCACCACACGAGAAGGCGUCUACAAACUCCUCACUCACUCCGAAUACAGCCGCCCGAACAGGGUGCCUUUCAACUCGCAGGGCUCCAACCCCGUCAAGGUCUCCUUCGUCAAUGUGAACGACCAGUCCGGCAACGGCGACAGGAUCUGUUUCAAUGUGGGCCGGGAACUCUACUUUUAUAUCUACAAAGGCGUGAGAAAGGCUGCCGAUCUUAGUAAGCCCAUAGACAAGAGGAUAUACAAAGGAACGCAGCCCACGUGUCAUGACUUCAACCCCAUCACAGCUACAGCAGAGAGCGUCUCCCUGCUGGUGGGUUUCUCAGCCGGCCAGGUGCAGCUCAUCGACCCAAUAAAGAAGGAAACCAGCAAACUCUUCAAUGAAGAGAGACUUAUAGACAAGUCACGAGUAACGUGUGUACGAUGGGUUCCUGGUUCAGAGAGCUUGUUCCUGGUGGCUCACUCCAGCGGCAGCAUGUAUUUGUACAACGUGGAGAACACCUGCGGCACCACGGCGCCUCACUACCAGCUCCUUAAGCAGGGUGAAAACUAUGCUGUGCACACCUGCAAGAGCAAGUCGGCUCGCAACCCGUUACUGCGCUGGACAGUGGGCGAAGGGGCGCUCAAUGAGUUUGCCUUUUCCCCGGACGGCAAGUUCCUGGCUUGUGCGAGCCAGGAUGGCUUCCUGCGGGUGUUUGGCUUCGACGCCGCGGAGCUCCACGGAACAAUGAAAAGCUACUUCGGUGGCUUACUGUGUGUGUGCUGGAGCCCGGAUGGACGGUAUAUCGUGGCGGGUGGGGAGGACGACCUGGUGACUGUGUGGUCGUUUUCAGACUGCAGAGUGAUCGCACGGGGGCAUGGUCACAAGUCGUGGGUGAGUGUGGUGGCGUUUGACCACUGCACCACCAGCGUUGAGGAUGGUGACCCCCCUGCUGAGUUCAGUGGUAGUGACGAGGAAUUCCACGAGCAGAUUCACUUUGGUGCGGGCAGAGACAGAGCGAACAGCUCUCACUCUCGGCUCUCGAAGAGAAACUCUACAGACAGUCGGCCUGUUAGUGUGACCUACAGAUUCGGCUCAGUGGGACAGGACACCCAGCUGUGUCUGUGGGACCUAACCGAGGACAUCCUCUUCCCUCACCUCCCUCUGUCCCGCACUAGGACUCACACUAAUGUUAUGAGUGCCACAAGCCCUCCAGCCACUGGACAAACUACGACUACUACUACAAGUACUACUACUGCUACUGCUACUACUACUGUAUCCACCACUAAUCCCAGUGGCACUAAUGGUAAAGACAAUGGGAGCAAUAGUAGCACCAGUGGCAACCCAGCUAACUCCCUCCCCAACACCCUGCCUCGGUCCAACAGCUUGCCACACUCCUCCAACCCAACAGGGGGCAGCACGCCCAACAGUCACACCGGCAGCAGCAGCAACAGCAGCAGCACCAAGGGCAACAGCAUCAUCGACAGCGCUUUCAUCGCCAGCGGCGUCAGCAAGUUCGCAACGCUGUCGCUACACGACUCGCGCAAGGAGCGCCACGAGAAGGACCACAAGCGAAACCACAGCAUGGGCCACAUCAGCAGCAAAAGCAGCGACAAGCUCAACCAGCUCAGCUCGUCGCGGACGGCAAAAGCGGAAGCGGCAAAGACUCUGGGCACGACGCUGUGUCCGCGCAUGGAGGACGUGCCGCUGCUCGAGCCGCUGGUGUGCAAGAAGAUCGCUCACGAGAGACUCACUGUGUUAAUCUUCCUUGAGGACUGUCUGGUAACAGCCUGUCAGGAGGGUUUCGUUUGCACAUGGGCUAGGCCGGGGAAAGUGGGAUUGCUAUCAUCUCAAAACAACCCAGCCAACUCCCCCAGUGGAACAGUAGUAUAGCCCCAGUGCUGGUGCUGCUAAUGACAGCUCCAUGCAACAGAGACGGGGGGAUGACCAAGGCCAAGGCCCCUGCAGCGCUUCUUCACACACUGUCACACACCUCAUGACCUCCAGUGUCACCUUCAUUCUCGUCACUACAACCACCCAGAUGCUCUCUUUGUAUUACUGUUUAGACGUUGGCCAAGCCAGGGUUAGAAACUUGAUGCCCCUUGUGUCUGGGGGUAAAAAAAAAGGGUGCUAUUGGAAGUAAGAUGGCAAGCUUUAAAUCGUCCAGGAGGUUCAUGGGAGGGAUCGACUGGCUCGUUGUUCUGUCUGUGGUCAUAUCAAGUCGUGUCUAGUCUGAAACUCUAGUACCCAAUCCUUUGUGCCUGUAGAUCUUCAAAGACUAGACAUGCUGUGAGCAUUGUGGUGAUGCCUCAACCUUUUCUAUGGGUUUAAUUCGGACAUUUUUUCCUACGUUUUUGUUCUUCAAAUGCAGAUAAAGGGAAACAGAUGAGGGAUUGUGUCGCAGCAACGCCAAGUCUCUUUCAUUUCCCACCUCCUGGGCGAUCUCUUGUGCAGCCCCCGGUCCUCGAAGCCUGUUCAAGAGAGCUUUUUACUUCCUUUACAAACGUUUGAAUCAAUGGUAUCACACUUUAAAGUGUAUUUGCACAGAUUUUCUUUUCACUCUUGUUUUCCCCAUUUUUGAAAUCAUGACGGUGGAACACAAGCAAAAGACAGCUCUGGAAGCACUUGGGGAAACGGCUCAUUAUUGCCCUCUGUCUCAACGCUGGAUGCUGCAAUCAUAGUUUUUUAUAUGGAAAAAAAAAUUGUUUGCACUUAAUAGUUUGUUAGAGGAGAAUGGCUUUACAUUUUUGGAGUGUGUAAGGACUCCUUGACAAGGUUGAAAUAUAAAUAGAAUUAAAAAAAAACCUUUGUAUCUAUUGAACAUUUAUUUUAAUAUUGUUUCAGAUUACAUGGGCUCUGUAAUAUAUGUAAAUAUUGUACUUUGAUGAUUUAUGGGUGAAAUGAUCAUUAUUACCUUAGUUCAAAGAUCCUCAUUUCAGAAAAUAGUGAUAUUUCUAAUACAGAAGAUCUAUACCUAAUAUUAAAAAUGAAUCUUGAAUAUGCAGGUGAAAAUGUUUCCUUUCUGUUGUACAUAAAGAGAAUUCAGGUGUAUUUUUAUUAAUGAAACGUUUGGUAUAGGAAACAUCUAUGAAAAAAAUCCUCUUAUCUAACAGGUAGUGCUGAAUGCUAGCUAGCCUGUCGCUGCAGAUUUCCUUUUACAACAUAGGCAGGUAGGCGCAGAUGCAGCGGCCUCAUUCAGCCAUCACUCCGAGCUCAGGUAAACCACAGGAAGACUAACGCUGGCAUAGUUCCCCUCACUUAGUCCCAUCCAUCAACAUGUGUGUGAAUUCACUUUAACUAACAAAUAAGACUGACUACCAUGUUCUGCAGACAGGGCUGUGACCUGCGCAUCCUGUUUCUGUGAGUAAUAAUUACUGAACUGAUGCUGAACUUGUGAACAAACAUUUGACACUGUGUUGAAUACCAACUGACUUGACGUCAGCACUUGAUGAUGGUAUAAGUGCUUGAGGUGAGCGUGUUUGUUUUUUGUUUUUUGUUUUUUUUUAUCCAAGAACCCACAUAGGAAGACUGAGGAUAUUAACAGUGGGAGCCUUUUCCUCCAUGUGACGCCUAUUAAAACAGCUUUGACAUAUUA